UUGCAGAUUAAUCUAGAGCACUAUCACAGCUGUAUAAGCGCCGUGUAUACGUUAAACGGAACCUUGACGUACCGAAUUUCAUAGUUCGGUUAAAUUAAACGGUAUGCCCUGUUCUGGAAAUUUUGACAAUUAUUUUACCAUGUAUACGUGAAUCCAAAUUUAUAGGAAGGAGCUUAUAAUUUAUCUCCUUUUCUUCAUCAAUGAGAAAGAUAAACUUGCGGCAGCUGCAUUUUACUGUCCAAAAUCUAUACUAUUAAAAGAAAAAAGUCCUAAAAAUUCUGUUUAAACAAGUUUGUUAGACCAUUUUAUUAGACUCAACUAUUUUUUUUGUUUUACUUUAUAUUUUUCUAAAUAUAUAAAUACUUUACAUCAUUUAAAUGAAUUCAUUUACUAUUCUUCCAUAAUCUAUUAUAUAAUUACUCUAACAAUAAAUCUCUAUGAAUAUAAAACAUAUUAUUCAUACAUGUUUACACAUAAUGUGAUCAUUACCACGUAUAGUUUCAUUAAUAAUAAAAUUUUCAAUGGUUUAGUUAUAUUUAAUAUAUGUUAUAAUGGAGAAUUCUCUCGUGUAUAACAUUUUUUUUUUCAUUUUUAUGUGAACUGGAAACUAGAAGCCUUAAUAUCAAUUAUUCAACUAUGAAACAUUAAUUUAAUUAAUUACAUGCAAUCAAUUAUUAAGAUCUAAUCUUACAUUCUGAUAUAUGAACUAAAUGAUUAAUAUUAUCAUAAGAAAUAUCAAAUGGGUCUAAACGGGUUGGAGAUUUAAAUGAAAUUAGUAAAAAAAGACAGGUUUAAAUAAAACAUGUUUAUUUACUUUAAAAAUUCUAACAAUGUAUAUGCUACGUUUUAUUGAAUUUUUACAAAUGUAAAAUAUCUUACGCUUAAAUCGGGUAGUUUAGGUUGUUUGGAAAAAAAAUAGGAUAAAUAAUUAACUAUUAAUUAUUUGAAUACAAAAUAUUUGAGUCAUUAUUUUUUUUGUUGCAUAAUUUGGUUUAUAAAUAGUAUUUUUAGGAUAUUUGGUUAUUUAGAAAUUAAAUAUAAUUAAUAUUUGAAGGUAUAUAAUUUGUAUUUUAAAAAUUUUAAGUACUUAUUUGGUUCUCAGUUUGGUUUCUAUUUUUUUGGUUCCAAAGAUAUAAGAUAUGUUCGGUUAUUUAUGACAUUUAGCUUAAUUUUGGUUUGUUUUUUCCAGUUUGAUACGGUUCAGUGCACCUAGAUAAAUAUACACAAACCUAUACAUUAUCUUUUAUAUAUUUUAUAUAAAAAUAAUUUUUUUAAUUUUAAAAUAAACCCACAUUUUCUAAACGCAGAUCAAAAUCUAGUAUAUAUUUAUAGCGUAUUUUUCUGUUUCACAUCUAGUUUCCACAAAAAAUGAUGUUAGUAUAUGUUUGAAAUUUUACUGUUUAGAUUAGAAAAUAUUUAGAAGUACUAUAGAUAUUUAUGAUAUAUAAUUUAGAUUUAUCUUUAGAAUUACUAAAUAUUCUAUUUUUUUAUAAAAAUAGUUGCUGUAUAUACCCUGUAUAAACAUCCGUAUAUACAGUUUGACGCUGUACGGUAGUUCACCGUCCGACUAGCGUGCGUAUUUUAUAGAGUAGUGAUAUAUUCAUUCCGAUUUUGCCGAACAAUCACAUUCAAAUAAACGUAUCUAAAUGAAAACGCUUAUUAGAACAACGAAAAAAGAAGGGAAAAGUUUAGUUUGUUUCGCUAAGUGGAUAACAAUGAAACAAAAGAGAAUAUUGAUAAUAGUGUCCCAUGAGACACCUCACAACUAAGAUUUCUUGUAACUUUGGUUUUUCUUGAAACUUCCCACCAUAACUAACUACAUAUACUGUAUUACACAAGCAUGGACCCGAUUAUUCUUACAAUAUUUUUGUAAGAAACUCUAAGUUGUCAUCUACCAUCCUUAGCUACAACUAUAUAUUAUAUUAUUAUAUACAUUAUACUAAUUCCCCCUAACUAUAAAUAUGUACAUAAUUAACCUAUAUAUGUACCUAGACACACCCCUCUCCCUUUCCCUCUCCUUCUUCCUCCUCUACUAAGCUUUUCUUGGUAUUGGUAGUAUUCGCAUAAGUUGAAGGUUUCUACAUUGAAAAUACAUAUUAAGCUAAAGAUUUAUUCAUAUAAUGGGUUUGAAAGAUAUUGGAUCCAGAUUGCCACCAGGGUUUCGGUUUCAUCCAAGCGAUGAAGAGUUGGUUUGUCACUAUCUUUGCAACAAGAUAAGGGCCAAAUACGACCAAGGUGAUGUUGAGGAUGAUGACGCUGAUGAAGCCUUGAAUGGUGCUACUGAUCUUGUGGAGAUUGACUUGCAUACUUGUGAGCCGUGGCAGCUUCCUGAUGUGGCAAAGCUGAAUGCAAAAGAAUGGUAUUUCUUCAGUUUCCGCGAUAGAAAAUAUGCGACUGGAUAUCGUACAAAUAGAGCGACAAUAAGCGGAUACUGGAAAGCAACAGGUAAAGAUCGGACGGUGAUGGAUCCACGAACAAGCCAAUUGGUAGGGAUGAGGAAAACACUGGUCUUCUACAGAAACAGAGCACCAAAUGGGAUCAAAACUACUUGGAUCAUGCACGAGUUCCGUCUUGAGUGUCCUAACAUGCCACCUAAGGAAGACUGGGUUUUAUGCAGAGUGUUCAACAAAGGCAGAGACUCAACACUACAAGACACUAACAAUGAACAUCAGACGCAAAGAUUUGAAGUUAAUGACGCUCCGGAUCUUAAUUACAAUAAUCAGUCGCAGCCUCUACUAUUAUCCCCUCCUUCCAACACCAUCGACCCUCCACACCAUCAUGAUCAGUGGGAGCAGCUAAUAAAGCAGCCUUCAAGGAGCACCGACCAUCCCUAUCAUCACAAUUGUCAACAUCAAACCGUAGCAUGUGGUUGGGAGCAGAUGAUGAUUGGUUCGAUGUCGUCAUCGUCAAGCCAUGGCCCUGAUCACGAGUCCUUGCUAAAUUUGCUUUACGCCGACAACAAGAACAGUGUCAACAUCACUGAUGAUAAUUAUGGACAUAACUAUGGGAAGAUAUUGCUGUCGUCAGACAUCACGAGUUUGGAUCAUGACAAGACAUGUAUGGCGUCAUCAUCCGAUGGUGGUAUGGUCUCUGAUCUUCACAUGGAAUGUGGUGGCUUGAGUUUCGAGACCGAGAAUCUCCUCGCUUUCCAGUGAAAACAUACUAACGAAGGUUUUUACAUAUAUUCGCCGAUUUAUUGAUUCGUGAAAUAUGCAUAUAUAUUAUCUAUAGACUUGUCAAAUAUCAUACAUGUAAGUUGUGUGGCUUUUGGGUAUAAGAUUUGUGAAACUAGCUAGGUUAUUUAGGAGGUUGUUAUAAAUAGUGUGCUUUUUUAGGGUUUUUUUUUUAAAUUAAUACGUGAACACAUUUAUACUAUAAAUAUUAUUGUCAUAAUUAGUUUCUUUGUAAAUAAUACUCUGAAUAUUCAUCAUAUAUAUUGUCAGUCAUCUUUCAUUAAGAACUCGCUUAUCAUUUGUUUAUAACUUCAACGUUCCCCGUAACAAACUGACGUGUGAUAAAAAUAUAUUCCAUCCAUCUAGAUCAUGUGUACAUUCUUAGAAGAUAUAACUAAACAAGAAAAUGUAAAAAAGGAAGAUUAUAAAGAUGUGAUUUUUUUCUUCACGUUGGAUUGUAUUAUUAAGCCUUGCAGAGAGUUCUACGCAAUGAAAACUAGCAAAACAAAUGUAAGAAAAGAGAUACAGCAGUAGGAAUCUAAAUUAAAUUAACACACAUCUAUUUUGUAUAUGGAUGACUAAACAUUUUUCAUAUAAAAGCUACAUAUUUGCUUCUGGAAUAGUUAAAUCUCAAGGGAGAUAAUCUUCGUAUUAAUCCAAAAACACCACACUUCAAACUGAAUUGAGAACGAUUGUCACUCUCUUUUUAAUACUCUAGUAUGAUCCACCAAGACAAGACAACUCUUUAUAUUACUCUAUUGAUAUAAUAAUAAAGUCAAAGAGAUUACUGUUUCAUAUAAUUUGAUUUUGCUUUUUAAAGUAACCAUAGUUUGUAGCAAGAACUCCAUCAUCAUCACAUGAAGAACCAUCAACGAUUGAAGCCGGUAAGACCCGUCGCUAUCAUCCACAGUAGAUCUGUCAACUACCUUUCUAAACGGUUCAAUUGAACUGAAGCUUUUGUUUUUCCAAAUCCAUUGGAAGAAGCACACAAAUAAAAACAAUCAAAAACUUUGCCAGAUUUAAAAUAAAUUGGCAAUUAAACAAACUAAAUAACCAGAGAUAAAUAAAAUCAAAAAAAGAGAAGCAAAAUGAAUCAAAUAAGCCAAUGACGGAGCUAUAGAAGCCUCCGAUCAUCGGCUUGAAAUUAGAAAAAAAUCUCUCUUUUUCUCUCUUAACGGCUAAGAUAAAGAUGUGAUUCAUGUGAUGAAUAACUAUAUGGGAAAACGACAAACCGGAAAGACUCAGUAAUUGGCCACAAAUAACCUUUAAUUUUCCUCAGGGAGAUAAUUAAAUCUCGAAGCGAAUUAGUUUGGGCCUCCUACAGACCCACAUAAAUGCAUAACCUCAACAAAAUAUAGAAGAAGCAUUUAUAUAUUAUAAAUAUAAUCUAUUCUAUUAAAAAAUACAAAAUAAUAAUUACCUAUUUUUAAGGGGUUAUUACAUAUUUGUAUUUUCGUUUUGAAUAAUUCUAACCAGUUCAUUUAUUAUUUUUUUAAAGUAUUUUAUUACAUGUUACACUCUUUUUUUAUUUUUCCAAAUUACUUCAUUAGUUAUAUUUACCAUAAUAAUUUGAUGUCAUUUAUUUUACGUAUUAACUAUAAUAAUUUCACGUGUCAUCUAAAUAAAAUUUCUCUGUUAAUGAAAAGAAUUCAAACUGUUUAACAAAAUUAUUUUUUAUUUGCUUACAUAAUCAGUUAAACAUAGGUGUAUUUAGGUAUAUGUUUGGAUAUGUCAGUUUUUAUGGAUAUCGGGUUUUACAGAUAUCGGUAUCUGGAUUUUAAAAUUAAACUAUGUUCGGGUAUUAUAAAUUUUCGAAUAGAGUUCAAGUUGGAUUCUUCAACCUAAGAUAUCUAAAUAUCUAAAUAUGUUCGAAAAUGUUGUUAAAUAACUUAUAAAAAACUAAAAAUCAACAUCACACGGGGGUAUGGACGAAGCUCUAGUGAUAGGUUAUACUGUGUUACAAAAAAAUUGGAAAGACUCAGUGAUUGGGCCAUAAUAACCUUUAAUUUGUUAUUUAUAUAGUGAACUGUAAACAUGUAUCUAUCUAUCUUAUUAAAACUCAACUACAAAUUAGAUUUGUUUGGAAAUAUGUAUAGUAAUUUUUAAAAAAGUUUGUUUGGAAAGAUAGAUUAUAGUUUAAGAAAAAGUUUGUUUGAAAACAUGGAUUGCAGUUUAGAAAAAGAAGUUUGUUUAGAAACAUAGAUUGUAGUU